GAGAUCCCCGUUGCUAGGAGACGGAGAUGCGUUUGGCUCCAGACCCCAGCCUCGCUGCUAUCCCAGGUUCUCUCUCUUGUGGAAGGGCUAAGAUCUAAGGUCGCACUACCAUCCAGGGGCAGUUCCGUAAGGCCCUUUUCUGGGGCGUUUUCCUCCUAUUUCUUCUAAAGCUGAACAAAGCAGACUGAGGAUCCUUGCCUAGAUCCACGCUCCCCCGCCCCCAGCUAUGCCUAAGAAAGGGAAAAAGGCCAAGUUGCCCCUGUCCGAUGAGGAGCAGCUGCUUCUGUUUCAGCAGAAGUUGCUGGCAGAGGAGGAGAUGGCCAAGAAGAAAGAGAGGCUCCUGAGCCAGUUCUUGAAGGACAAGCUGGCCAAGGAGGAGCACAAUAGUGCUCUGAACCUUAACAAGAUUAACACACAGUGGAGAACCGUCCUUAGGGAAGUCAAGACCAGAGAGCUUCAUAAGGACAUUGAGAUCCUCAGCCAAACAUUUGAACGAGUGGUGGACUGCAAGGACAGUGUCAUCAAGUCUUUAGCCAAGGACCUGUCAGAAGCAGAGGAGCAGUACGCCCACGCCCUGCGCGGCCACCUGCACAGCAUUGACCAGCUCUUAGCCCUGCAGAGACGCCGGCUCAACCUCCUAGAGGAGAGUUACAACACAGAGCUGGAGGCCCUAACCAAAGAGUUUGAGACAGAAAGGAAGACAAUUAUUGACCAGCAUGAAAAAGAGAUUCACUACCUACAAGAUGUCUUCAUGGCCAUGGAGCAGAACUAUAUAGAUUCUGAGUAUGAAAGUAAGCUGGAGUUCCAGAGCUUGUGGGAUGAUCUCAAAAACAAGAAUUUAGAAGAGAAGCAUUUUCUAAGACUGCAACUGGAGAACAUAGUAGAAGAUCUGUGGAGAAGGUUCCAGGACGCACUCAAGAAUUACACCGAUGCCACAGAGGACCAAAAGAUUGCCUUUGAGACUCUGCAGGUGAAAGAUGAGAAGAGCUCCAAAGAGAUUGAAGCACAGAUGAAAAAAAUACAGAGACUACAGGACUCCAUAAUGACUUUAAAAAGCAAGAUCAUGGUGCACAGCCGUGAGAGUGAAGACCAGAACCAGUACAUUCGUAAGGACAAGGAGCUGGUCCUUGCCCAACUGCGAAAACUUAAGGCCCAAAGGACUCAGGCCCGGGAACUAUCCCAGGAAAACUUAGUCAAACUCACUAUGGAAAGUAAUGCCACCCUCAAGGCCCUGAGAAGGAUCGUCGAUAAGGGUGAAAAGAUACUGAAACUUGCUGAAAUAUGUAGGAAGUUUGAAACAGAGGAAGAAAAAGUGCUGCCUUUCUAUUCAUCAGUCUUGACUCCCAAGGAGCAGGAGGAGAUAGAAGAAAUUUACCCAGAGGAGCUUACCGAACAGCUUGCAAAGGUGAUAGUAAACUACACAGGGAUGGAGAAUUUCUGGAAAAGGUACAACAAAGUGAAACUGGAGCAACUGAGCCUCCAACACAGACAUGUCCAGUUGUUAGAAAUCAAUGGGAAGUUGCGGGAGAUGCUGAAGCAGUACUUAGAUGGCAUCUCAGUGAGUGACGAAGUGAUGAGCCAGCUCAACCCACUCUUUAUCGUCAACCAUCGAAGUAACUUACCCCAGCCUUUGUCCACACCUACCACCCAGCCAGGUGACAAACCACCUCCAACUACUUACAACAUCAUUGAAGCAGCCCAUGUGAUCUCCCACAUCCUGUGACAGAAGGAGAAAAUCGCUUUUCAAACCCCAAACGAUUUUUUGAGAGACUGGAGGACUUUGCUAUUAAAAAUUUCCAUGAGGUUUA